AUGGUCAAUGGAGGACCAAAAGGAUUUUUUUCUAUGGAAAGAGGAUUGAAGCAAGGAGAUCCACUUUCUCCCAUUUUGUUUGUUUUGAUGGAGGAGGUGCUAAGUAGAGGGCUAACCAAGCUUGUUGAAACUGGAAAAAUUCAACCAAUGGUAAUCAGAAAAAACAUUUAUCCCACUCAUUUGUUUUUUGCAGAUGAUGUUUUCAGCUUCAGCAAUGGGUCUAAAAAGAGUUUAAAUUCCCUUCUCAGCUUACUCAAGUGUUAUCAAGAUAGUUCUGGUCAGCUGAUAAACAAGCAAAAAAGCAAGUGCUUUGUGGAUGGUUGUACUCCUCUAAGAAAAGAUCAAAUAAAAAAUGUGUUGCAAAUGGAACUUACCUCCUUCCCAGAUAAAUACUUAGGAGUUAUUCUAAAUCCUGGAAGAGCUAAAAGUUGCACAGUAUGGCCAAUGGUGGAGAUGAUGCAGAUUUAUUUGGCAGUAUGGAAAGGUAAAUUUCUAUCCUUUCAUGAUAGAUUGGUACUUAUCAAGUCGGUCCUUUGCAGCAUCCCAAUUUAUAAUAUGGCUGUGUACAAGUGGCCAAGUUCUAUCAUCAAAAUUUGUGAAAGAAUUAUAAGAAAUUUUUUAUGGACUGUUGAUAGUGAAGAAAGAAAAUAUGAUACUUUGAAGUGGAACAAGGUCUGUACUCCUUACAAUGAAGGUGGUUUGGGUAUUAGAAGGUUGAUGGUGAUUAAUAAAGCUCUGUUAAUGAAAAUGAUGUGGAAGUUACUCACAUCAGAAGUAGAUUGGGCAAAAUUCUUCACAGCAAAAUACAAAAAUAAAAAUGGAGUAUGGUGCACUCAAUGGAAACUUUCUUCUAUAUGGCCUGGCCUAAAAUGGGCUUGGAUGGAACUCAAGAAUAAUAUAAGGUGGUGCAUUGGGGAUGGUAGUAAAAUUUCAGUGUGGUUUGACACUUGGAUAAGAGACAAACCUUUAAUUGAGAGUUUUGGUAGUAAUGAUACAGUGCAAAAUUAUAUAUAUCUUAAAGUUCAAGACUUACUGAUUGAUGGUGAAUGGAGAAUCCCUUUUGUUUUACAGGAUAUUAUUCCUCCUUCUUUACCUUCAGUGAGUGUAGGAAAAGACUUGGUAGCUUGGUGUGGAGAUGUAAAAGGGAUUUUCACUACUGCUGCAGCUAUUGAAAAAAUCAGAGCAAAGGAACCUAAAGUGCAUUGGCCUUCUCAAAUCUGGAAACCAUUUCUACAUCCAUGGAUUGCCAGCAACAUUUGGAAAAUUCAACAAGGCGCUUACAUGGAUGAUGAAAAGAGGAUAGCUCAAGGUUAUUCAUUAGCUUCCAAGUGCUGCAUCUGUCAACAUGAUCAAGAUAGCAUGAAUCAUCUUCUUUGGAGAUGCAAUUUCAGUACCCAUAUUUGGCAAUGGUUAGUGCAAAUUUUUAACUUUCAAGUACCUUCUUCAUUUACUGAUAUCCUGCAAUUUUCCAAGCACAAAAGUCCAUUUGUUAAUCAAGUCUGGAUCAUUGCUUCUUGUGCCAUAGUAAGGGAAUUGUGGUUUCAUAAGAAUAAAACUUUUCAUGAAGGUACAACACCAAAUUUAUUGAAUUUUAAAAGAAUAAUUAUGAGUAUGGUGUUUUAUGGAAGUUAUAGAAUAACUGGUGCAAAAUGGAUGGCAGACUAUGAUUCCAAUAUCAUUUACUUCUUCAAAAUAGAGCAGAGAAACAUUAGUAAUUACUCUAACAAGGUAUGUCAGUGGGACAAACCAAAGUGGGGUUACAUUCUUUUCUGUUGUGAGGGAAUCGCCAUUGGGAAUCCUGGAACAACAGGCUAUGGAGUAAUUGCUAGAGAUCAUCAUUGUCAGGUUAUUAGUACUAUCUCUGGGGGUGUUGGAGUAGCUACAAAUUUCAUUGAUAAAGUAUUGUCUAUUGUUUGUGCCAUUGAAUGGGCUGUUAAAAAUCAGUGUAGCAAGAUUAUCAUUAGAUUAGCUGACAAAUCAGUAAUUGAGAACUUCAAUAAUGCUGCAAUCCCUUGGUAUUUAAGGAAUAGAUGGUUGAAAGCUAUUAGAAAGUUAGCUGACAUUCAAUAUGAAGAUUGCUACAAGGAAGUCAAUUUUUCAGCUGAAAGUUUAGCAAGGCAGGGUGCAGGGCUAGCUUAG